AUGCAAGUUGAUAAUGAAAAUAAUAAAAAUAUCGAAAGUGACUAUUUUCUACCGCAACACGCCGUAAUAAAUACAAAUAGUACUACGACUAAGCUUAGCGUGGUAUUUGAUGGAUCAUGCAAAACCGAUAUAGGACUUAGUUUAAAUGAUGUAUUGUUGAAAGGUCCUACUAUACAGGAGGAAUUGAUAACUAUAUUAGCUCGUUUUAGAAAACAUAAAUUCGCAUUGUCCGCCGAUGUAUCUAAAAUGUUUCGCCAAAUAUGGGUGGACCCACAACAUCGUAAUUAUCAAAAAAUUAUUUGGCGCGAAGAUCCCUCAGAACCAUUACGUACUUACAAACUGAAUACGGUAACAUACGAUACAGUUCCAGCAUCAUUUUUGGCGACCGGAUGCUUAUUUAAAUUAGCGGAAGAAGAAUAUCACAUAUUUCCCGAUGCGUGCGACGCCAUUAAAUCUGAUUUUUACAUGGACGAUUAUUUGGGCGGUUCGGACACUAAAGAUAACGCGUUAAAAUUACGUAAUUCCCUAAUGGAAGUUAUGCUACGUGGUGGGUUUCCGUUAAGAAAAUGGAUGUCAAAUAGUACCGAACUACUUAACGAUAUGCCAGGUAUAGGAAAUAAAUCAAUGACCAUAAUGGAACUUGAAAAUAAAAUGACAAAAAUUUUAGGUUUAUUACGGUGUCCAGAACGCGACGUUUUUAAUUACAAAAUUGAAGCCAUAAAGUUAAACGAUCUAUCAAUUACAAAAAGAAAUAUAUUAUAUAUAUUAUCACAAAUCUCUUCGUUGUUUGACCCACUAGGUCUCGUUGGUCCAAUAGUAAUACGCGCAAAAAUAUUAAUGCAAAAAUUGUGGCAAUUGCAGUGUGAUUGGGAUAACCCGGUGCCUAUUGAAGUAAAAAAUGAGUGGAAAAAUUAUUUAAAUUCAUUACAUUACUUACGUGAGUUAGAAGUACCUUUAGUACCUAGAUAUCUUGGUACCGAAAUUGACUACGAAAUACAAAUACACGGUUUUGCUGACGCUAGCUUAUUAGCAUACGGGGCUUGUUUAUAUAUUCGUUGCUCAAGUAGAGAUAAUGUACACGUUACUAAACUUAUUUGUGCAAAAUCAAAAAUAGCACCUUUAAAAGUAAUAUCACUACCUCGACUUGAAUUAUGCGCCACCGUAAUACUCGCGCGUUUAGCAAAUAAGGUUUUACCUAAAUUAAAAUUAAAUAUAAAAAAUAAAUACUUCUGGACGGACUCUUCUAUAACAUUAGCUUAUAUUAAAUCUCCUUCCUCAAAAUGGAAAACUUUCGUAGCGCACCGAGUAAGUGAAAUACAGGAUAUUACCAGUUUGAAUGAAUGGAAUCACGUGAACACGCAAGAUAAUCCAGCCGAUCCAAUAUCUCGGGGUUGUCGUCCUGAUCAAAUAAUAAAUAAUAAGUUAUGGUGGGAGGGCUCUCACUGGCUCACGGACCAUUUCAAUAAGUGGCCCAAAUCAAAAAUUAACCUUAAUAAUAGUGCGAUACCAGAAGUUAAAGAAAAAAUUGUUCUAUUAGUGGAACUUAUCAAUGAAAACAUAAUUCAAAAAUAUUCAUCGUGGAAUAAAUUAUUACGAGUAUUUGCCUAUUGUUUACGCUUUAUUAAAAUUCGUGUCAAAAAACUUAAAAUUGGUGGUCCAAUUCAGCCCGAAGAACUACAAGACGCUGAGAUUAUUGUUAUCAAAAUAACAGUCAUACUACUGGUCAAAUGA